CUUCAAACUUCCGGGGUCCGUCCAUUCUGGACCCCUCGAAUUGCAGCCGACUCCCUGACUUACCAAUCGAAUCAUUCAUCAUUGACGAGCGAAUCUUUAUAAUCUUGCCAGUAGACCAAAUACUUAUCGCACUCAUUCAUUUCUUACUGGCACUGGCGGAAUAACCAAGGCUUUAUGACGUCGUCAGACGUUGGCUUUCAGCUUCGUCUGUUGUCAUCCGACUCAUCGACCAACUACGGCUGGCCUUGACAGUCGUUUUCACAAUGAGCUCUGGCUCGACCAAUCUGGGAGGGAAAUCCCUAUCAUCUCCAGCAUCCCACGCCAUAAAUUCGCAACCCAUCUCCGUCCCUGCACCCAACUUCGAAUCCAAUUCUCGUCGUUCCGGUCUGUCGAGCCCGUCGUUCUCAAAUUCAGCUCCGAGGAAGGGACAAGGGUCGAGGAAGCAGCACCGGAAUCAAAGAAGACCAUUGAGAGACAUCGCGCCCCCGGAUGAGGAUGACGCCAUGGCUGAGCUCAGCGCUCUACGAAACGCCUCAAGCCGUCGAGGGCAAACCUCCAUUACUCAUCUUCUAGAUUUCUCCUCUCCAAUGCGCUAUCACCAUGACCACCACCACCACUCUAGAUCGAGUCGCAGACAUCCUACCUGGGGACCUGGUUCUGGGUACCACUCCGUGGACAAGGCACGAUUUGUCCAUGCGAACUAUCGCUUCGUGGUUUCGCCUACCGGAGACUACUCUUUACAAGCUGCAGACGCUGAUAAGUAUCUGGAAUGGUCCGAUGUACUCCAGGUUAUAGCCUCGACCGUAUCGCAAUCUACCUCUUGUCCUAUAUGUCUCGAAGAUCCCGUGGCUCCUCGUAUGGCGCGCUGUGGCCACAUAUUCUGCUUACCGUGCUUACUACGAUUCAUGAACUCGACGAACGACGAUGAACCGAGCCCGCGAAAGGAGGCGCGAUGGAAAAAGUGCCCCAUAUGCGAAGAUUCCUUCCGACUUUCCGAAGUCAAACCCGUUCGUUUUUAUGCUGGCCAGGAGUGCGCCUUACCAAGGCCAGGAGAAGAUGUCGUAUUGAGGUUGAUGGUUCGAGACGCAGGCUCCACUUUGGCCUUACCAAAUGAAGGGGGUCCGGAUAUCGUCAACAUGGGCGAGGACGUGCCAUGGCACUUUGCAGCAAACGUCCUGGAUUAUGCUAGAAUCAUGAAAGGGACUAAUGAGUACGUAAUAGAACAAUAUAACGAGGAGAUAAAUAACUUGCGGCGACAGGCGCAGGAUGAUGAGAAAUAUUUUGGAGUAGAGGAAGGAGAUUGGACACAGCGAGCUAUCAGAGCUAUUAUCACCGCGAAGGACAAGAUCCGAAACCCUCAAGAGGAGGAGGUAGUAGCACCGUCAGCCAGCGCUAUAAAGGCAAAGCAGCCGGCCAAGCAGCAAUUUCAUUUCUACUCGGCGCCUCCGCACCUUUAUCUGUCGCCACUCGACAUCCGCAUUCUGAAGACUAAAUUUGGCGAUUUCUCCAACUUCCCGUCAACGUUACUUCCACGUGUCGAGCACAUUUCUACUGGCCACGUGGUGGAUGACGCCUUAAGGAAGCGAGCUAAGUAUCUAGGACACCUCCCUCACGGCUGCGUUGUGAGCUUCCUAGAAUGCGACUGGACGGACAUAGUCCCAUCGGAUAUCCUAGACACAUUUUCGGGUGACCUAGAGCGCCGGCGUAAGGUACACCGGGACAAAGCAGCGCAGGAAGAGCGCGAAAGAUUGCACGCGGAACGCUUAGAAGCCUCGGCUAUCGGUCGUAGUGCUCGAAGGCACUUUGACCAGACCAACGGAGAUAAAUUUGAUCCUACACCUACUAUGAAUUCCGAGGACUUCCAGCCGCUCGGUUCUGUCGAGGGCACCACUCCACCGAAUCCUCGGCCAGGAUUCAGCCAGCUUGCGGACAUGUCGACAAGUCCGUCGACUUCCAAAACCGUUUGGGGAACACGGGCUAUUCCUGCUUCGCCCGAGUUAGCACCCGUCGUAGAGCGUGAAGUUAACGACGGAUGGCUCAAAGAUGACGAGUUCCUAGGUGCUGCUGAAUUGGCAAUGCAGAUGGAGGCAUUCGAUAUCGACGGAGGCGGUGCUGGGCCUAGCAGCGGGCCCGGAACUAAUAGUGGGAAGAAAAAGAAGAAGCAGAAGCAAAAGAUUACUCUGAUGAGCACUGGUGGCCGUCGUGGUGGUUGAAACGUCGCCGCCGGGAUCUAUGAAAGCCCGCUUUCUUCGUCGAUUUAAAAUCGGGUCUGGGAGCAAUGGGAUUUUCGUGUGUAGCGCUGCUUCUAACGAAACCAAUGCUAUAUUCUACAUUAACAACACACUCGCCGUCUUCCUCUUUAAGGGAAUAUGGUGAAGUGGUGAUAGCUGUAACUGAUUAACAAGGUAGGAGUUCGUGCGGCUUUGUUCAAUGCUCUACACAACAUAAUUUCCCAGGGAAAUUUAUUGGCAGAAUAUAAACUUGCUUUUAGAUGAUAUCUGAAAUCUACUAUUUACCAUUUACCUAGGCACUUGGACAACGUGCCAGUUUUACUUUGUGGUCUAAUAUUUAACGUUUCGAAGGCAGAAGAUAGGGGUGAAUUACGAGCUUAUCUUCCUUAUCUCGAACUGAGUGAACCCCACUAUUAUGAACUGAUACCAUCUUCAACCUCGAUACAUGUAGGCAUUUCAUC